AUGGGCAAGCCUGAGCAUGGCGCGCCUGUAGAAGACACUCGGAGCGGUGUGGUCCUUCCCCUUCACCGAACCGCCGCUAAACGAGAUGCGACGCACAGAAGUAAGAUCGCAGUAGCGAUCGCUGUCUUCGUCCUAGCUGUCCUCUUCGUCCCCCGAGACACUGUCGCGCGCCUCUGCAAUUCUCAUCAUGCUCACUUCACUCACAAACACGGUGGUGUCAGACGCCCUGCCCCCUCCGGAACCCGCAACAAGGCAUACAUCGUCGAAGCGACGCACGGAGCUGUAGCGAGCGAGAACGAAAUUUGCUCAGACGUGGGAGUGGGCAUACUGAAGCAGGGAGGAAACGCAGUGGAUGCCGCCGUCAGCACUACGCUAUGUAUAGGGGUGGUCAACAUGUUCUCGUCGGGCAUCGGAGGAGGAGGCUUCAUGACCGUGCGCAUACCUCCGUCGUCACCCAAUACCUCCUCGGAGGUGUAUACCAUCGACUUCCGCGAGAUGGCGCCCGCUGCGUCGAAUAAUACCAUGUUCGUCGAGGAACCCAUGAAGGCGCUCAUUGGCGGUCUCUCUGUCGGCGUACCAGGAGAGCUACGUGGCUUGGAGGAGGCGCAUAGGCGAUGGGGGAGCCUUCCGUGGAAGACACUCGUGCAACCCAGCGUCAGACUCGCGAGCGGUUGGAAGGUGCAGCGUGAGCUUGCCGAGAGGAUUCGCAUCUCAUUCUUUAAGCCAUUGAUGCUGAACAACCCUGAUUGGAGCGCUAUCUUCGCGCCUGAGGGCCACUUACUCAAGGAAGGCGAAACCAUUCGGCGCACGAAUCUAUCACGCACUCUGGCAGUGAUUGCGGAAGAGGGUGCAGAUGCGCUGUACAAGGGCCCCAUUGCCGACUCACUCAUCAGGAAAAUUCGCGCUACGGGAGGGAUUAUGACCCACGAAGACUUGCAGAAUUAUGCGGUACAUGUCAGGCCUGCACUUCAAGGGACUUAUCGCGGGCGGAAGGUGUAUACCCAGCAUGCCCCGACCUCAGGACCGGUUUUGUUGCACAUGCUGAACUUGGUCGAGCAUUACGAAGACCUCACAGAGGAAGGGCGGACACCGCUCAACAAUCAUAGACUCAUAGAGGCGAUGAAAUUCGGUUUCGCUGCUCGGACGAGAGUGUGCGACCCUGCGUUUGUAGACGACACGAAACUUAUAGACGAGAUCCCGACCAAGGCAUACAGCGACAUCAUCUUCCCCAAUAUCACUGAUGACAGCACACAUACGCCGGAAUAUUAUCAUCCAAUGUUCGACGUCGUCGAAGACCAUGGAACGAGCCAUUCGUCUGUAGUAGACGAGGACGGCAUGGCGGUCGCAGUUACAUCCACAGUGAAUCUUGUCUUUGGCUCGCACGUGCUUGACCCUGAGACGGGCAUUAUUCUUAACGACCAGAUGGACGACUUUUCUUCUCCAGGUACCCCGAACAGUUUUGGCCUCUUUCCUUCUCCAUUCAACUAUCCCGAGCCCGGGAAACGUCCGCUUUCAUCUACCGUGCCGACGAUCGUGGAACACGAAGACGGCACGUUCUACUUGGCCGUCGGCGGCUCUGGGGGAUCGCGGAUUUUCCCGGCCGUCUUCCAAGUGAUCCUCAACAUGGGCUGGGGUAUGGACGUUAGCGCUGCAAUUGAACACGGACGGCUGCAUGAUCAGCUGUACCCUACCAUGGUUGUUGCGGAUAAUACACUGCCCGCAGAGACACUGGAUUUCCUCCGAGCGAAGGGACACAACGUCACAGUAACGGACAUCAAUCGCAUAGCAUCUGUGGUUCAGGCAGUCGCCAGACAAGGGAACAAAGUCUUCGCUGCUAGUGACUCCAGGAAAAGAGGCGUCGCUUCUGGAUACUGA